CAAGCAGGUUAACAAUAUGAGGUUGCAUUGUUUAUCGAUGUGGAAGAUUAACAAGAUAAUCCAUAUUGAACGGACGGAAAAAGCACCUCACGUACUUCAAGAAGAAAGUUCUAGAAUUGCGUGAGUCCAAAUGAGUUAAGCUUUGGUUUGGUUUAAAUUGUGAUAAGAGGUAUCAGGUGCAAAGUGGAUAGAUGAAGGCUGGUCUUUCCUCAGCACGAAAUACGAACGACACAAUAGUACUUUGUGGAGCAGAUUGCCGGGCUCGGAUUGAAUAUCCGGCAGUACAACAUGCAUUUGAAAUCACAUUUGAAUUUGACAAAACUGAGAUUUAUAACCCAAAUGGCGAUCAAGUAACUGUAUUUAUGCUUGGGCUGCCUGUGGUGUAUAUUCUGGACAUGACGUCAAACAUUCCUAAGGCCUGGACGCGUAAAAUCGAAUCUCGUGUCACAUGCUUGUGCUCGAUCUUUGGUUUACGAAAUAAUUGCAAAAUCUUUAGUUGUCCUCCGAUCUUGGCAUGAUCGACGCUGAUGUCGCUGCUGCUUCUUCUAGCUACGGUAGUGGAAUAGAAGGAUUAAGUAGAGAUACUCCUUUGAUUCAAACUGGGAGGAGAAUGACGCAAAGUGACAACGAAAGGGUUAGUCGUAUGGUUCUGGCGACCUUCGUUGCUGCUCUUGGCCCCCUCAGCUUUGGUUACUGCCUUGGUUAUUCAUCUUCGGCUCUGUUGGAUUUACAAAACGAAGAAAAACAAGUUAAACUAGAUAAUAAUCAAGGUUCAUGGUUCGGGGCCCUGAUAGCUCUAGGGGCUGCUUUAGGAAGUCCUCUGGGAGGCUGGACAAUAGAGGCCCUGGGCAGAAAAGGAACCAUUAUGUUCAGUGUUAUUCCCUUUGAACUUGGUUGGCUGCUUAUCUCUUUUGCAUUCAACCAUUGGAUGUUGUACUUUGGUAGACUGAUCACUGGCAUUGGUGUUGGAAUGGUUUCCAUGACAGUGCCAGUCUACAUUGCUGAAAUGUCGAGUGCUAAACUACGUGGAAUGUUAGGCAGUGUCAAUCAACUUGCUGUAACCUUCGGUCUCGUCUUUGCAUAUUGCAUGGGGAUGUUAGUUAAGUGGAGAUGGUUAGCACUGAUUGGAGCUUUUCCUCCGGCUUUCCUGGCUUUAUUCAUGUUUUUUAUGCCAGAAACACCACGCUGGUCAAUAGGGCACAACAGAAGGGGUGAUGCAAUGAGCGCCAUGAGAUGGCUGAAAGGACCAGGUGCCAGCGUAGAAGAGGAAUGCUACACUAUUGAGGCUACACUUGAUGAACAGCAAGCAAUGUCAUGUUCUGAGUUCUGCAAGCCAUCCAUUACCAAACCUCUAAUUAUCAGCAUGGCUGCUAUGUUCUUCCAACAGUUUUGUGGCAUUAAUGCUGUCCUUUUUAACUGUGCUGCCAUAUUCAAAGAAGCAGGCUUUGAGAAUGGCAAAGAAGUAUCCGUAAUAGUUGCAGCAGUGCAAUUUAUCGGCACAGGGUGUGCAUGUUUGAUUGUGGACAGGGCAGGUCGAAAGACUCUCUUGUGGACCACAGCCCUUGUUAUGACUGCUAGUCUUAUAGCCUUGGGUUUCUUCUUUGAGUUGGCCAUCUUAAAAGAAGGCAAGGAGGUAGCUGGUCUUUUGGACUCCAUCCAUCACACAGUUCCUGUUAAGGAAAUAUCAUGGAUUGCAAUCUUGAGUUUAAUCUUGUAUAACCUGGCCUUUAGUCUGGCCUGGGGUCCAGUUCCAUGGCUCUUGAUGUCAGAGAUAUUCCCAUUAAAAGCACGUGGUAUUGCAAGCAGUAUAUCAACACUUUUUAACUGGUCCCUGGCAUUCGCUGUUACAAAGACGUUCGUAGACUUCCAGAAUGCACUGACCCCACCAGGAACUUACUGGUUGUAUGCUGGGAUAUCAUUCCUCGCCUUCUUGUUUGUGGUGCUGCGGGUACCUGAGACUAAAGGCAAGAGUCUUGAAGAGAUUGAGAGGUUAUUUGAUGGUGGACACCGAAGAAUCUACGAACCUAUAGAAUGAUAAAAAAAUACUACGGAUUAUAAAAUGGGGUUUUCUCAUUGCUGAAGACAGUUGCAGAUCCUUUAUGAUAUCCAGGGGCAUUAUCUUUAAAUUUAACUCGAAAGAGGGGUGGCAGACACCCAAUGCACCCCGAACUUGAAACAACAAUAAUAAAAUUGGCUAUGCCGUGUGUUCCUAA